AUUACACUGCGCAUUGAUUCGACUCAUGGUAUGGAAAGUUUGUAUCAAGAGACAAACUUAUUGGUACAGCGAGUGCAACUUGAUCUCGGAAUUUUAGAAGGCGCGAAAAAUGAAAAUGACGCACAGAAAAUAAUUCCCAGCAUUUAUCAACGGUUAAAGCAAAUCGAUGAAAAUUGUCAGCGUUUGGAUGUACUUACUAGAAAAGAACCGCCACAUCGUCGACGUACUGUAAAAUACAAAGUAGAUCAGUUAAGAUUUGAUUAUGAAUCGCUACAAAUGGCGGUUAAUAGUAUGCAUAUGCGAUUGACUAAUCAUUGGAGGGCUAUUGCAGAACGGGAAGAACUUCUUACUCAAAGAUUUCGUCCGAAUGAAACCACGCUUGUUCAAAUUGAAGAUAAUGAGUUAGUGCUGCAUGAUCGUUUGAAAUCCUCGCAUAGUGCAAUGGAUGAACUUAUCGGCCAUAGUAGCGCGAUCUUGGAACAAAUCCGUUUGCAAGGAAUGGGUCUAAGAGGAAUCAAGCGUAAAAUUUUGGAUGUAGGAGUCACGCUUGGUUUAUCAUCUACAACAUUACGGAUAAUUGAAAAAAGACUCAGUGAAGAUUCAAUAAUAUUUUGUGUAGGUUGUAUAUUUGUUCUUUUAUUCAUGUAUGUCUUUUAUCAAUUUUGGAAAAGUUGA